AAAAAGCUGUAUCUCCGCCCAGUUCAUAUCAGCCUCCACUAUUAUAACCAAAAGAAAAGUUGACAUUCGUCACAUUGGCAGGUUUGGUCAACUGGGUCACACAUCACCAAAGUUCAGGAAAGUCUUUUACCGAACGGACAAACAAUCAACUCAUGAUGAGAGAUGAUAAUGAAGAACUUCAGAGGAGAGAAAAGAUGUCUCACCACGCCGAGCAGUUUUUCGAGCGAAUCCCAUACGUCCGACCCUUGGCGCUUGGCCUCUCCAUGGAGCAUCACGCAGCGCAAUACAAGGACGCACUGGGACUGGCGCCAUUUCACCUAGAUGCAACUUACCUGGGCCCAGUUUAUGGUCCUAGAUUCGCAGGGCGGCUUUCCUAUUUUCCCUUUCACGGGCAUCUCGACAUGUAUGACUAUUCUUUCGAGCCCACGUUCAUCCGCAAACGAAAUGAGAGGGAGCGGCAACGGGUGCGCUGCGUGAACGAGGGUUAUACGCGUCUUCGUGAGCAUCUACCCCAAGAGUUCGAGGACAAACGACUCAGCAAGGUAGAGACGCUGCGUGCAGCAAUAGACUACAUAAAACACUUGCAGGGUCUCUUGGACUUCAACGGAUCCACUGGUGGAAUUGAAAUGUCACUUGGAGAAAGGCGCAUCAGUGCGCAGAGUGCAGAGUGUAAUAACAGCGAUGGGGAGUCCAGAGCCAGCUUGAGCGACUGUGGAGAGGUUCACUACUAGAGUGAAAUGCUGAAACUAUUUAGCGUACUUUUGACAAACGGUCAAAUGAAUCAUGUUGCCAUGCCCUGCUAUAUGAGGUGUCACCAUCAAAUGCUUAAACUUGCAUGUUGCAUUAUUUUUCUAGAGGGGAAAUAGAUCACAGUUCUUGCCUUUCUGUGUCUGGAGUCAUCUCCAGCUUUUGUUCAUGUCUGUUUCAUGUUUGUUUGCAACACACACAAUCAUGUAAAUGCCCUGUAUGUAGAUAUAUGCCACAUUUAAGUUUCCUUUACUCUAUUGCAAUAUUUGAAGUUACAUACCUUUGAAGGUAAUACACUCAAGUGAAUAAAUUAGAGAGGGUACAUGCAACUACAAACAGUGUUUG